CAUUGGCAAAAUUAUGGAGCCAUAAUCUAAAAAUUGAAUUGAUUUGAAUAAAUUGUCAAUUGUCACUUGCUAAGUUUGUUUAUUGGUCUCUGCUAAGUUUAUUAUAAUUCUCUUUGUGCUAAGUACAGAGUACAGAUGGUAUCACAGAAAAAUGGUAUAGAUGAGGAAAUCCGAAAUACCUACUCAGUGAAUAUCAUUAAUAAUAGAUGAAACAAAAGAAUCCGAGAUAGGUGAUUAAAAGUAAAGUAAUGUAUGCGACACUUUAUAAAUAUUUUAAAGAAAUUACAAGAAUCAAACGAACAGUGAGACUAAUUAAAGUUUAAGCUCUAGUCACUUAAAAUGAACGAAAACGAAGAAUUUGACGACUUGCCGCCUAUUGAAGUAGACUGUUUGAGUCCUAAAACUUCCAAUUCCUUGAAAUCGCAUAAGACAUCUUUCGGUCAUAUUAUCAUAUCACACAUAUGAAUCAUUCGUAAUGCCAGCCGCCGAUGAGCUGGCGUCACAACGCGAGCGCGAGCUGUUGUGCGAGCAGGAACUACGUGCGCUGUCCGCGUCGCACGUGGCGCGCUGCGACUCGAGUGGCUCGGAGGGCGAGGCGGCGCUGGCGGCAGCGGUGCAGGCGCUGUCCGUGCUGGCCGCGCCGACGCCGCCCGCGGCCACCCCGGACGCGCUGUCGACUCGGUCGGUGCUCAGCGCGCUGCUGCCGCACCUGCCGCCCGCCGCCUUCUUGAACAAGUACCUGCACGCGACCGACUACCUCGACGACGCCACUCUUACAGCCCUAACUGACGAUAAGGAGGAGGUUUCGUGGAGCUCGUGCCAGGAGGUGGCGGAGCUGGUGUCGGCUCGGAGCGGCGCGCUGCAGCCCGACGCGCGGUACGCGGUGGUGCAGCUGGUGGGGCGCCGCCUGGCCGCCGCGCCGCGCGCGCCCGGCGCCGCGCGCGCGCGCCUGCUGCGCGAGCUGGAGCGCGCGCCCGCGCCCGCGCAUCGCUACCACACUGAACACCUCAAGGUGUCUGUAGGCGUGUCCAAGCUGCAAUCUCUUUUUGGGCGCUUACAGAAUAACGGCCACGGUCAAGAAACUAAAACCACCAAUAAAUUAUAAAAAAAAAAUUGUUGGUAAAAAAACUUUUUAAUUAAAUGUAUAAACACAUA